AUGCCUCCUGAGUUGGUGGCUGUUGGGGCUACGUCCGAAGAAUGGAGAUUUGUGCUUGCCAGAUUGCCCAGCUGGAUAUGCUGGAAUAUUUGGAAAGCGAGAAAUAGAGCAGUUUUUUACGGAGUCAGGCUACAGAGUGAAGAGGUCUGCCAGGCGAUUUUCAGGGAUAUGAAAGCAGCGUUCGAGAUUCAAUUUACACAAGUGAUAAAUGCAAGUGCUUUUCCGGAGAUGUGUGACGCAAUUGCCAAACUCCCUCCCCCCAGGUAUGGGUUCACCAUUGUGGGGUGGAAGCCAAGUACGACUGGGCAGUUGACAUUCAACACUGAUGGGUAUUUCAAAGGAAAUCCUGGUAUGAGUGGUGGAGGUGGAGUGAUCAGGGAUUCCGAUGGUCAACUAGUUUUUGCGUUCUCAGCUUUCCUUGGUGAGCAAACCAGCUUACGAGUAGAGGUUCUGGCACUAUUAAUAGGACUUCGGCUGUGCGAUGGACGAGGAGUGGCCACACCUUUUGUGCAAUCAAACUCUGCGAUUUUAGUAGGCGUUUUACAACGGCGGCUUUAG